AUGAGUUUUGAGUGGCCCUGGCAGUAUAAUUUCCCACCGUUUUUUACACUUCAGCCUAAUGUGGACACGAGACAGAAGCAGUUGGCUGCCUGGUGUUCUCUGGCGCUGUCCUACUGGCGCCAUCACAAACUCUACACGCUGGAUGUCAUGGAGGCACAAGAGAGCCCCGUGUUCCACAACAAGGAAAUAGAACGAAAACUUUCCAUGGAGGCAAUCCAGGUGGUGUUCGAGGAACUUAGGAAAAAGGGAAAUCUAGAGUGGCUGGACAAAGACAAGACACGAUGUUUAGUCAUGUGGCGACGCCCGGAGGAAUGGGGCAAGAUCAUAUACCAGUGGGUGUCUAAAUACGGUAUGGUCAACACAGUGUUUACUCUGUACGAACUCACAAAUGGUGACGACACCAAUGGAGAGGAAUUCCACGGUCUCGAAGAUUGGAUGCUGCAACGGUCACUUCAGGCCUUAGAGACGGAAGGAAAAGCCAAGCUGUUCACCAUAAACGAUGGGAAAGGAGUGAAGUUCUUCUGAGCAGCUGCUGGAAUUACAAUGAUUCAUUUUUUGAUUUGGCCAAGAUCAGAUUAUUGAAGCGGUUCGGCCAUUUGAAAGACUCAUAUUGGCAACACAUAUACAAGAUCAGAGACGUGUGGGACGUGUUUUUACCUCGUGGAAGGUAAAGCACUUAUUACUCAGCAUUUAUCGCAGAGGGACUAAAAGCAAUUGUGUGUAUGUGUAAAUGUGCUCGGUCGCUUUGCGGUGGAUACUGAAAAUAAUCAGAUUUUCAGAACCAAUCAUAUUAUGAAAAGGAGUCUAAAGUUAGUGGACUUCAUGUACAGAUCAACCCUUUCAUCGUGCAGUAGCUACUGUGACUCUCCUCUUGUGUAUAGUCUUUUUCAUAUCUGGUAGACACAAUAAAUGAGACCUUUGCUAAAUCCGUCACUCAUUCUUUGCACGCAGUUUUCAUCACUCCCCUUGCCACUUUCUUCCAAGACUUCAUCUCGACCUGAGUCUGGCCCAGCUGCUCCUCGAGUUGGUUGGACCUUCUCAACCAGGAGUCAGGAGAGUGAAUUGAUCUCACCCACUCUAUAAGGGAGAUGUGAAUACAAUUGUGUCUGUAUUCAUCUGCAUGAAUUAGUGUCUUCACCAGUUGUCAUAGAAAUGCUAUGAAAUUAACUGGAAGAGGAAGAGUUUGCCUUCUGACUCAGCUCUUUUUUGGUCUGUGCUUUAAAAAUGAACUCACUGCUGAAGUUCUACUUACAAAGUUGGUUCUCACUACUUCAUCACUUUAUAACAGGAACGAUCUCCUGAAGAAAAAUGAUGGCGUGAUUCCGUCAACACAAAACCCCUUGUUUGGGACAAUAACCAGCCAUGGUCCAUCUGAGCCUUUAGUACGGGUGGAUCCCAUUAAUCCCCUUAAACCACGGACAUGUUUUUGACCACUCUUGCUACACAGCUUGAUCCAUCCGUCUAUCAGGAUCGCCUCUGUAUCGAGGCUGAUAUAGCUUUAUUCAUGAGGCUGAUAACACUCGUGUGUGUGUGUGUGUGUGUGGCAGCUAGUUGUCUGUUGAUAAAGGUGAAUCUGCAUGUAACUUAGCUACUCGUAGUGAUAUGUGACUCACCAGUUUGUCCUUACAUGACUUAUUGCUAUCUAAUGGAAGGAGGAGGAGGAGUCGGAGAUGAAGAAGAGGGACAUUCUGUUCUGCAGGAGUGCUAAAGCGAAUCUGCACACAGAUCAUCAGCUCCAGGAAAUCUGACACCCCCAUUUAAUUAAGAGGUUUUCAGAAGCAUAUCAGGAUGCACAGUUCAAGUGGAUGUGACACAGUGGGACAGAAUGA